AUGACUUAUGCGUCCCAAAUCCGAGAACUGACCAUCGACUUGUCACUACUUACGGGUGAUAAGGCCUAUCGAAUAACGAAGCAGGCCCAGCACGGCACACAUGCUGAUCUUCCCGUGGUUAUUGCAGUACCGGCAGUACUAAAAGGUUCCACUACCGAUAAUCCUAUGACAACUGGCGUACCGGACUACAAAUUCACCAUGCUCAGCGAUCUACGAAUGGCGCUGCUUACGGCGGUGAAGCCAACUCUCCACAAGAUGGACAAGACCGAUGAGUCAGCUGGAUCAUACUACAUAGAAACGCAGCGGCCAUCUGGCCCAAACCGCUUUGAAGCCCCCUGUACAUUAGCUGAUGUAACGGACCAGACCCGCCUCCUUGACGAGUACAAUGAUACGACUGGCGUAAUCGAGGGCUAUCGCAUGGUACAGUCCGCUAUGGGUGCAAAAGUUUAUACGUGGAGUUACAGAAGGCUGAAGGCUACGUCGCCUCUAGUGUCCACUCAUUCCGGCGUUACCGGAAGACCACCUGCGGGCCGAAAACCAUGGUUCGACGAACUUUGGAAUUCAAGUCUAUCAAACAAAUCGAACCAUAUCGUAUGGAUUUGCAAAUAUACCGGCGAGGAAUGUUUGAUAUGCUUGCCAAGCAUCUGCUUUAUGUUGGGCGCUGAACCCAAAGCUUACCCCCAAGGGCACCCUUGACAACUACAUGGAUCCGUAUAUUGACGAUCAUAGUCGCCCGCGGGGCUACAUAUCGUAUUCCGACUCGGAUACGCGCUGAGAGACAUACUGGCGUGUUUAAACCCCCGAAUACUAUAGAGUGGGCUGCCGGGAGGUGUUUGAUUGUAGUGGAUAGGUAAGCGGGAAGUGGG